GGUUCCCGCUUCCCCGCAUCCUUGUCAGACCCCGUUCCUGUACAAGCUUUUUACUCUGUUUUUUCUUCUCUUUGCACUUCAGAGAGCUAUGCAGCCACUUCCUGAUUAGAUGAACCAAGUCAACAGAGUAAACUGCCAUUAUCUACUGAACAGGUGUGGAAACUUGAAACAGCUUAAGCAAGUCCAUGCCCAAUCAAUUAUACAGGGACUCUACCGUCUCCAAUACCUUGCCUGUAAAAUUCUCAACAAAUACGCCAGUUUCAAUGAGGCAUUGGAUUCCCUAAAGGUUUUUAAUCAGAUCCAAAACCCAGAUGUCAUCUCUUGGACCUCUCUCAUUAAUCUGAACCUAACCAUUGAUCAACCCCACGAAGCGCUAUCAGCUUUCUCAGACUUGGUCAUAUCGGGUUUAAGACCUGAUAACUUUUCCAUAGUGGGAGCUCUGUCCGCUUGCGGGCGGAUUGGGGAUCUGAGUCACGGAAAGAUGGUUCAUGGGAUGAUAUACAGACAUGAGUUGAGUUUUGAGCCAAUAGUUGGUAAUGCUUUGAUCGAUAUGUAUAGCAGAAAUGGAGAGAUUAAAGUAGCUGAAUUGAUUUUUAAGGAGAUGGAAGUCAAAGAUAUUGCUUCGUGGACUAGCUUGCUUCAUGGGUUUGUCAAAUGCAAUGACUUGGAAUCUGCUCGCUGGGUCUUUGAUAGAAUGCCGCAGAGAAAUUCCAUCUCUUGGACUGCAAUGAUCACUGGUUAUAUUCGGGGAAGGUCCCCAAUUCAAGCACUAGAGCUCUUUCAGAAAAUGAAAUUAGAAGGAAACAGUCCUCCAACAUUGAUCACAAUUGUAGCCGUCCUCUCUGGCUGUGCUGAUAUUGGGGCUCUAGAUCUUGGCCAAUCAAUUCAUGCCUAUAUUAACAAAACUGGCCUGGAUUCUAAUAGUAUUACCUUGCACAAUGCUCUAAUGGAUAUGUACUCAAAGAGUGGAAGGCUUGACGGGGCAGAGGAGAUAUUCAGGGAGAUGCCUGGUAAGGAUAUAUUUUCAUGGACAACGAUGAUCUCAGGAUUAGCAUGUCAUGGGAACAGUGUCCGUGCUAUCGAAGUCUUUGAAGAGAUGUUAAGAUCAGCAGUCAGCCCCAAUGAGGUUACAUUUGUUGCAAUUCUAACGGCUUGUAGUCAUGCAGGAAUGGUUACUGAGGGUCGAAGAUGGUUUGAUAAAAUGAGCCAAGUCUAUGGAUUUGAACCCAGGAUUGAGCAUUAUGGGUGUAUGGUGGAUCUCUAUGGUCGUGCAGGUUUGGUAGAAGAAGCAAAGAAGUUUAUAGAACAGAUGAGUAUUGAAGCAGAUGCUGUCAUCUGGAGAUCAUUACUGAGUGCUUGUUUGGUUCAAGGGAAUCUAAGAUUAGCUGAAAUGGCUGGAAAGAAGGUAAUUGAGUUAGAACCAGAUGAUGAUGGGGUAUAUUUACUUCUUUGGAAUAUAUAUUGUUCGGUGAAAAGGUGGGACGAAGCCGUGAAAAUACGGAAGAUGAUGAAAGAUCUUCAAGUUAAAAAGAGACCAGGGUGUAGCUGGAUUGAGGUGAAUGGCGUUGUUCAUGAGUUCAUUGCUGAAGAUAGGAUUCAUUCCCUCCACUCAGAAAUUUAUAUAGUUUUAGAAGUGAUCACGGAGCAGUUGAAGAUGGACUUAUAUCAGUGAGAUGAAUUUUAGCCUUGAGAAAGGUUCACCAAUAGCUUUGGAAGAGGAAGGUGAUCCUUGUCCAAGGGAAAACGGGUAGGAUUAAAGCCAAUGCCUAUCCCUCUUUUUUGUCGGUUGGAUUCCUAUUAGUUAUAAUUUCCUUGAAUGAGACAAGGGUGAGAAACCACACAUGUUCAAGCUUCAAUUUCCAUUCAGUGUUAGUAAUCCAAGGCUCCUUGUCCUAUUAUAAGGGUGAUUGGAUCAAGAGGUGAUGCCCGUAUCUCUUCUUUAACCACUGGAUUCCCAUAAUUUGAAGUUUACCAUCCUCAAACUCCCAGCAAUCAUUAGUGGUUUCGAAGUGCUUUCCCUUUUAUAAGGAAGUCCUGCCAUUGCCUUUGAUCUGACACACCUUGAACCUAUCAAUGGCAAGUAGCAUUUUUAUUUUGUUGGUAGGAGCACAACCUAAAAAAUCCUCCAAUCAUUUUUUUCCAACAAUGUUUCUUCCUCAUUUAUGUGUUGAGCUUUGUUGAAAUGCUGAUCUGAAGAAUAGUUAAAACAAUAGAGAUUGGUACAACCUUUGUGUGCUACAAUCUGGAUAUGAAGCUGAGUUAUACUUCUUCAGAUUGAAGCUGACUAUAGGAGCACACCCUAAAAAAAUCCUCCAAUCAUGAAUUUCCAACAAUGUUUCUACCACAUCUAUGUAUGGGUAAGCCUCUUUAUGUAGUAUUCUUCCAUUGAAAUUAUUGAUGUACUUAUAUAACUGAAAAAGGAGAAUAUUUAUGAUUGAAAGAGUUGGGGUGAGAGAAGAAAGAGAUAAUUGAAACAGAUUGAUGUACUUAUAUAACUUAAAAAGGAGAAUAUUUAUGAUUGAAAGAGUUGAGGUGAGAGAAGAAAGAGAUAAUUGAAACAGAGUUCCUUUCCUUGUCCAAUGGCUUUUAAAACAAUGGAGAUUGGCAUAA